CUCAUUUUGUUCUCCCAAGUUUAAACAUUUUUAUUUUCUUUUCUCUCUCAUUUCCUUAAUUAUCUCCAAGCACGCUGCCCACUCUCUAUUUUCUCUCUCUUCUUCCCCUAAAAUUAUCAGUUUUUCUCCUCUCCCGCAACUUCUCUCUUCCCCCCUUUCCUUCCUUCCUUGUCGGAUUAAUCCAAUCGGCCGCCGCCGUCGUCGUCCGAUGCAUAUUAAACUGACCACCACCAAAGAAUCUUCUCCGGCGAUCGGUUCCAAAUGACUGCUCAUUCCGAUUCGGGCACGCUCAAUUUCCUCGGCUGCUCGAUUGGAAACUCGGUACAAUUGCUCCUUCAAUCCUCCUUCUCUUAGAUCCAUAAUCAUAUGUUCCCCCCUCUCGAGUUGGAUCGUUCAGGUAGUUGAUUGAAUCUUAGAAACAAAAGAAGCUUGUUUCCCUUCCCCUUCAUGGCGCCUCUAAUCGGAGCUCGAUAAACGGCCGUUGUUCCGAUUACCGCCUGAGCUGAAAAGGGAUUGGGGAAAGAAGGCUGCUUGCUCGCUCUCUUUCUGUUUUGGAUACUAGGGUUAGGGCUGUAUCUGUGGAGGGAUGUUUAAGAAGAUCAUUAAAGGCGGGCGGAAGCCGUCGAAGUCGGACGACGGGUUCGGGAACACUGGGCACCACCGCACCGCGUCGGGAAAUGUGGUGGUUAACCACGCUUCGCGGGGUGGCACCGGGGCGGCGGUGCCCGCGCCGGCUUCUCCGGCGAUGUCGACUCCCCCGCCUAUGCAAUCCGUGGAGCCUCUCCCGCUCUUUCGGGACGUCCCCGUGUCGGAGCGGCAUAAUCUUUUCCUCCGGAAGCUCCAGGUUUGUUGCUUCCAGUUUGAUUUUGGGGACACUUUGAGAUCGGUGAGGGAGAAGGAAAUCAAGAGGCAGACGCUGUUGGAGCUCGUGGAUUUCCUUCAAUCCGGGUCGGGCAAGAUCAAUGAGGUCUGCCAGGAAGAAAUGAUUAGGAUGGUCUCUGUGAAUAUAUUUCGAAGCUUGCCUCCCAAUUCCCACGAGAGCACAGGGCAAGUGCCCGCUGAUCCUGAAGAAGAGGAACCGUAUUUGGAACCUUCCUGGCCUCAUUUGCAGCUUGUUUAUGAGCUCGUGUUGAGAUAUGUUGUCUCUUCAGAUACAGAUACCAAGGUUGCCAAAAGGUAUAUUGAUCAUUCAUUCGUAUUGAAAUUGCUGGAUUUGUUUGACACCGAGGAUCCACGAGAGAGGGAGUAUUUGAAAACCAUCCUUCAUAGGAUAUAUGGGAAGUUCAUGGUGCAUCGGCCUUUUAUUAGAAAGGCAAUAAACAAUAUCUUCUACCGAUUUAUAUACGAGACAGAGAGACACAGUGGGAUAGGGGAGCUUCUUGAGAUCUUGGGGAGUAUCAUAAAUGGGUUUGCUCUGCCGAUGAAGGAGGAGCAUAAGUUAUUCCUUGUCAGGGCACUUAUACCACUACAUAAACCGAAGGCUAUAUCUAUAUACCACCAGCAGCUUUCUUAUUGCAUUACUCAGUUUGUUGAGAAGGAUUACAAACUAGCAGAUACGGUUAUAAGGGGUUUAUUGAAGUAUUGGCCAGUGAUCAAUUGCCAGAAGGAAGUUCUUUUCCUAGGAGAACUCGAAGAAGUGCUAGAGGCAACUCAACCUGCAGAAUUUCAGCGUUGCAUGGUUCCUCUGUUCAGACAGAUUGGUCAUUGCUUGACUAGUUCACAUUUUCAGGUUGUUGCAGAAAGAGCGCUGUUCUUGUGGAACAACGAGCACGUCGUGGGGCUAAUCGCACAGAAUCGUGGAGUGGUACUACCAAUCCUCUUCGAUGCCUUGGAGAAGAACAUCCAGACACAUUGGAAUCAGGCUGUCCACGGGUUGACAGUCAACGUCCGGAAGAUGUUCCUGGAGAUGGACACCGAGUUGUUCGAGGAAUGCCAGAGGCAGUACGAGGAGAAGGAGUCGAGGGCGAAGGAAGUGGAAGAGCAGCGGGAGAUGACGUGGAAGAGACUCGCUGACGUGGCCGGUGAGCGAGACAACAUGAUCACUGCUUGACACGCCAGCAAAGGAAAAUUCAUCUCCUCCCCAGUCUCCAACCAGUAGGGAAUGGAGGGAAGAAAUGGGCGAUUAAUGGAAGUGCUCAUCUCUACCCCCAUUUUGAUCAUGCCCUAUUCUUUUUUAUUUUAUUUUUUGCUCCCCCUUAUUUUUGUUGAUCUUCAAUAUCGAUUUUUAAAAGAUGUCAAAUUACAAGAAAAGCAGCAGGAGCAGUAAAAAUUGUAAUUUUUAAAAGUGUUGUUUAGUAAUAUGCUUGCUGCUACAUCCAUCCAGAAUCAUAUCUCCUGGGUGAGCUUUUGGAGUUCUUUCCCUAUUUUAUUUGGUUAGUUUUAGUUACUUAUUUUUACUUCCAGAUUUUAUUUAUUGGGGGGGUUUCUUUUUUUGACAGACUAGUAAUUUUACUGAACUUUAACUCAGUUGUUUCCACUCAUAUAUGUAAUGUUGUUGCUCAAUUUUUCUCUGGAUCAUGAGUGAAUUUGCUUCUUUAGCUGU